GAGGAAGAAGAGACGAGCAAGCAAGUGCAGUAGGAUUAGGAAGAAGCAACAAUGGCGUUUUGGCAAAUAGGUCGCCCGUAGCCUGAAAUCGCUCUGUUUCUCUCGUAUUUGGGGGCGUCGAGGCAGUCGUUCAAAGGAGAAAUCAGAAAGUGCAACCCUGAAACCAGAGCAAAAUAGACAUGCGUAUGCCUGAAAUAUCAAGCUAACAAGUUGGACGGCGAUUGAACUACUGAAAUUCUCUAAUUAUUGCCGACCUUGUUGUUUGCUGAUGGAAAGUUUCAUACUUGGUUAAUAAUUCCAUUUAACUGAGCUUUCAACUAUAACUUUUUGUGCAUAGAAGUGGUGGAUUAUGAAGAGACCAUCACCAGCACAAACUCUUUAGAAAAGGAAUGGAGGAUCUCAUUUUGAAGUAUCUCAUAACUUCCACUCAUGCUAAUCCUUCUUUUGCAAAGGGGUAUUCCAAAAAUAGGAUAUUAGAAGUUUCAAAUAUACCAAACAUGUUUCCCAUUCAAUGGAAGGUCAACAAACAUAUGUAUUCUUCUCGUUUUGCUACACAGUCAAAACGAACUCCUAUGCAAGAUUUUCAGGGUUUUGCAAAACCUUCACGUCUUUUGCAGAGCACCGAAGCAAAGCACACAAAAUAUUUACAUGAAGAUGCAUUGUCUUCCUUGGAGUUGGACUUGCAUAACUCUUAUUACAUAGUUGAGCUCUGCACAAGUAGCGAUUAUGGCUCUUCUUUGAAUGACAUAAACGCUGCAUUACUGCUUUGCUUAAUAGAUGAAAAUGGAAAUGCAAUACUACAGAGGUUAGCUGUGAUCCCCAAGCCAGGGGUAGACACAAAUUCAAAUGAAUCUCUUCACUUCCAGAGAGGUUAUGUUGAUGUUGUCACUUUCAAAGGAUCCAAGUUAGGGAAAAUUGAAGCAAUUUGGAUUGGUCUUGAAACAGGUUCUUGGAGGCUUGAUGGUUUAAAGUUGACGGUUGUAAAUGGCCCUGCACACUUAUCUGAAUCUAUUGUAAACAAAGAUGAAAGCGGUUUUGAUUGUCUUCAGUACACGUUUGAAUCUCACAAUUUGCUGCUUGGAGAAGGGGGGAUAUCUGUAGCUGAGCUAAGACCAUCGUUCAGUACUGAGUUAUCUCGGAAUUCGUUCUCAAGCUCACUAAAUAUGCAAUCAUUAUCACAAACCCUUCCAGACCAUAAACAGACUAGGGAGGCUAGCAUGAAGGAGUACGCAGAGCUUAAGUUUUCAUUGCUAGUUUAUGACCUUAUUCUUAUAUUGACGGGUUCAUCGAUUCUAAAUCUCUGUUCCAAUGAGAAAUCCACUUAUGCGUUCUUAGCUGGUGGGCUUGCUGGUUUCUUUUACCUAUUACUGCUACAGAGAUCUGUAGAUGGAUUAUCUGCACCAGCAAAUAAUUCAAAGGGUGGUGACAACUUGUUGCAAGCCUUCGGGGGCAUAAAGAGGCAAUGGGUACCUCUGGUACUAGUCAUUGCCACCAGUGCGGUCAUGUUGAAGUAUCGAAUGGGAGGUACCACGACCUUAGCAUUGUCACCGACUGAACUCUUUGUUGGGAUCACAGGAUUCCUCACUAGUAAAAUAGCUGUUUUGUUGGCAGCAUUUAAACCUGUUCAAAGGAAUCAAAAGGGUGAGUAGAUGUAUAUGAGCUGAUCAAGUUGCUAAUCGACUGGUUAUUUUAUAGCCUCACCAAGAAUGAGAUGGAGAUUACAGGAGUCACUAGCCUCAUUUCUAUGGAUAUUAUUGCUACGUUUGAUUCGCAGAAAUGACAAGUCAGAAUAUGUAAGGAGAAAAAUAGUUAUUCUUAGAAAUAAAAUAGCCAAGGAAGAAUAUGUAUUCAAUGAAAUUGACAAGGAAUACUUAUUUCUAUAUUUGAUUCGUAGGAAUACUUAUCAUUUUGGUACA